GGUCCCUCUCACACUGCUCGGUCCGACUUCGACUGGCGCGCCGAUAGGGGGGUUGUUUUGACUGAAGUUUACGGUUUUUUUUCCUUCACUUUUUUAUUCCUCGCAACCCGUGGAAGCCAGGAUGUUUGAUGUGCUUUCCCAGUGUUUCGUCUGUCGGCUUUUCGUCUCGUCCAGGAAGGAGCAACACUCUCGGGAAUGACCGAUCUCAAGCGGAGAGAAGCAACAGUUUUCCAACCAGUCAGUAGGCUGACCUAUGCUAAGCUAACGCGCUAGCCAAUGCAGUUGAGACUUCGCUGUUAAAAGUCCACAACACGAGAAAGUAAACUUCACGUCUCGGGGUGUCGGUGACUGGACGAGCUUCACCGGCGUCUUCCCGAGAGAAACCCGUCCCCCGGAGGCUAAACUUCGCCCCGGUCGGGCUGCACGGUGCAGGUGCAUCUCCUCGGCACCUGCGAACACUUUGGGAACUCACGGUUAGCUCCGUCGGCGGAGAGCUAACUUUAGCUCGUUUGCUUAAAGCAGAAGCAGAGGAGUAGGACACGUUUUUUUUAUUAAUACGUCAUUUUAAACUGCUCUUUGCUAUUUUAACCGUCAACCCUUAAAGUGGUGACAUUAGUUUCUAAGUAUUUUUGCUGGCGCGGUAAUUGCCCCUCAUACCCUUUCACCGGAGUGGCGACGUGGAUAACGUUACUCUCGCUCUCCCACGGGACUUUGGACGGCUCGAUCCCGUCGUGGGAAUGAACCUGUUCCCACCCGCUAGUCUCGUUGGUGUGACAGCAUGAGGAUUUCCACAAGUUGCAUUUUAUCGUUUUAAAGUUUUAAAGUUUUUGUGUUCUGAAAGCUCUUGCACCCUAUGGUGCCGCUACGGCCACCGAGAAAUGGAUGUCUCGCAGGCCGCUUUCCCAAACGGUGAAGGGCGGCCGUGCGGCGGAGGGACGGGGGACCAUGCCUGGACAGACUCCCCCACGGUCCGGGCGUGCGCUCACUCGGCCCCGUUGUGCCCGACACGGUCUCUGUGGACAGCCGCGUAUGACUACGAGGCGAGCGGCGAGGAUGAGCUCAGCCUCAGGCGAGGGGACGUGGUGGAGGUGCUGUCCAAAGACGCAACGAUCUCUGGGGACGAGGGAUGGUGGACCGGUAAAAUCAACCACCGGGUCGGGAUUUUCCCCUCAAACUAUGUCACCUACCAGCCCGCUAUUUACCGGCUCCCCGCGACGAGCGUGUCUGUGGGGACACAAGAGCAAGUGCCGAGCUCGCCCAUCCAGAUCCCCUUCAGUGAACUGGUGCUAGAGGAGAUCAUAGGCGUGGGUGGAUUUGGCAAAGUGUAUCGGGGCACAUGGAAGGACCAGGAGGUCGCAGUGAAGGCAGCUCGGCAAGAUCCAGACGAGGACAUCACAGCCACUGCCGGCGGUGUGAAACAAGAAGCGAAACUGUUCUCCAUGCUCCAGCACCCCAACAUUAUUAAACUGGAGGGAGUGUGUUUGGAGGAGCCCAACCUGUGCCUGGUGAUGGAGUAUGCCCGAGGCGGGACACUGAACCGGGCGUUGACCGGAAGGCGCAUCCCUCCGCACAUCCUGGUCAACUGGGCCGUGCAGAUUGCACGCGGGAUGCUCUACCUGCACAAGGAGGCCGUGGUACCCAUUAUCCACCGGGACCUGAAGUCUAGCAACAUUUUAUUAUUUGAAACGAUUGAGAAUGACGACAUCGGGAGGAAGACCUUGAAGAUCACAGAUUUCGGCCUGGCCCGGGAGUGGCACAAAACCACAAAGAUGUCGGCUGCGGGCACCUACUCCUGGAUGGCCCCCGAGGUCAUCAAGUCCUCUCUCUUCUCCAAAGGCAGUGACGUCUGGAGCUAUGGAGUCUUGCUGUGGGAGCUGUUAACGGGGGAGGUGCCGUAUCGUGGGAUCGACGGCCUGGCUGUCGCUUAUGGUGUAGCAGUCAAUAAAUUAACUCUACCGAUCCCCUCCACCUGCCCCGAACCCUUCGCCAAGCUCAUGGAAGAGUGCUGGGACCAGGACCCCCACGUGCGCCCCUCCUUCUCCUGCAUCCUGGAGCAGCUGUCGGCCAUCGAGGAGGCGGUGAUGGCCACCAUGCCCCAGGACUCCUUCCACAGCAUGCAGGACGACUGGCGUGUGGAGAUCCAGGAGAUGUUUGAUGAUCUCCGGAGCAAAGAGAAGGAGCUGCGUUCCAGAGAAGAGGAGCUGACGCAGGCCACCCUCCAGCAGAAGUCCCAGGAGGAGCUUCUGAAGCGUCGGGAGCAGCAGCUGGCCGAGCGGGAGAUCAACGUGCUGGAGAGGGAGCUCAACAUCCUCAUCUUCCAGCUCAACAAAGACAAGCCCAACGUGAAGAAGAGGAAGGGCAAAUUCAAACGUUCCCGCCUUAAACUGAAGGAUGGAAACCGCAUCAGCCUGCCUUCAGACUUCCAGCAUAAGAUCACCGUGCAGGCGUCGCCUUCCAUGGACAAGAGGCGGAGCCUUCAUAGCACGAGCUCCUCUCCUCCCAGCAGCCCCACACCCAUCCCCCGGCUACGAGCCAUUCAGCCGAUGUCCUCCAUGCAGAGGGACAGUUUGUUUGUGUACCAACAGGAUGUUGAUCUGACCAGCGAGCUCACCACCUCCACUGGGCUCUCGAUGAAAGUGACCCAAGACGAGAGCAACCGUACGUGGGGCCGCAGCACCCCCUUCAGGCCAGAAGAGUUUGAGGAUGUGAAGAAGGGAAUCAAGAAGAAAGGCAGAACCUGGGGUCCCAGUUCAGUCCAGAGCAAAGAAAGACCUGCUGCUGCUGAGAGAGUGCGACCUCUGUCAGACGGCAGUAACCCCUGGUCCACCAGCCUGGUCAAAUGCCAGAAGUCGGUCCCCCUCUCCGCCCUGUUUGCUGAACAGACGGGGGCCGGUAAAGAUGAGGCUUUCUCCCAGGAAUGUCCCGACAGCAGCUCCAAGCCAAAGCAGCUCAAGUUCCCCAACCAGGUGUACAUCGACCUCCCUCUGUGGAGGGACGAGCAGCAGCCUCAGAGCCCCGGGGGGCACGGUGGGUCGGGAGAUUCUGGGGUUGGGUCAGGAGGUCAGGGUGGCGCACCAGAGACCCCAGAAGACACCGCCACGUCCACCUCGUCCGCCUCCACCACCCCACAAGUCACGCCCACCAACAGCCUGAAGCGGGCGUCGGCUCGCCGCAAGACGGACUCGGUGCUGUACGGCUGCGGCUCGUUGCUGGCGUCCGUCGUGCUCGGCUACGACCUGAGGGAGGCUCUCAAAAACGCUGCUCCCGGGGAGGAUUGCGAGCCGCAGCGCGACGAGAAAGAGAAGAAGAAGAAGGAGGGCCUGUUCCAGCGCGCGACCCGGUUCCGCCACAGCACCUCACCGCCGGGCGGUCGCUCCCGCAAAGACGAGGCGGCGGCGGCGGCCACCCAACCCGUCAAUCUCAUCUCCAUGUCGGCCAUUAUGGAAUGCAACUCCACCAAGUGUCUCGCGCAGUCCGAGCGGGCGGUGUCACAGUCCAGGCCCGGGAAGGCUGAGCGCGCGGCGGCCAAUCCUCCCGCAGAGUCAUCCGGACCCGGCCCAGUAGCUGCUGCACAAGACCAGAAUAACAGGACUGCAGCUAACGCACAGACCCAAAGCCAGCCAGCUGAGAAGAACCACCACAACACGGGAACGCGGCUACGCAGAAAGAAAUACACCAGCAACCACAUUACCAAUGGCGCGCCCACGCUGCCUCCUCCGGCCUCACAGAAGGAGCGGGACGGCGUGUCGGAGAAGCCCUCCGGCGGGGAGGCCUUCUCCAGACCGCGGCCGGUGUCAUUCCGGGCCAAGCCGCAUACCUGGGCCCUGCUGCGGGGACGCAACAAGAGCUACUCCCUGGGCCACUUCUCCGGAGAGAAGACGGCCCAGAACCUGAGCGUGGUGCUGUCCUCGGAGGUGGGGAUGGGCUGCUCCCUCCUGGACAUGGACACGGAGGGCCAGAAACGAGACUGCACCGUGCCGCUGUGCCGCAUUCAGAGCUCCCCGGGACGGACCUCCGUCUUUGAGCUGGAGAAAGAGUUUCUCUCUUAGGAGACCUUGAGAAGUGAUCUGCCGUGGUCACGCUUCCUCCCGUACGACCGCUGAGUGUUUCAGAACAUUCAGACCGAAUAUUUGGCCUUAAACUCCUGGAGGGUUGAGAACCAGACUGCCUUUUUCCCCCGCCCCCUGUUUUCUAUAACAUAGAACCCAGCGUUGCCUUAGUUCGAGAACACGGUGAUGUUGAAUGUGCGCCCGCGUCUCAGUUUGAGAACCGGUCGACCAGCGCGGUUCAGACCAAAGAUUCGCAGCGGGGGUCGCGUGAAACUCGCCCGUUUACAACGGUGCUGUCCUUCCUCAUCCCUCCUCGUGCCCGAGUGGGCCGAAGAGCGGGAGGCCACGGGCGAUCUGGUCGCGCUGCUGGAGUUCACGAGCCGGCGAUGAAAGUAACCAUCGACUUGUGAAGAGAUAAAGAGAAGCGCUCUGCGUACUGGCCGCCACGGAUUCAGACGGGCUGGACAUCUGAAGCACAAUAACACCAGCGACUUUGUCUUGUUUUUAGUUUUCGUGUCACAGGUUUAAAUGACCUCGACCGUAUGGAUCGUAUUGUUUAUCCUGCCGUCGUAAUAUUUCCACAAGUUUCAGAUCCAAAAGCCUCGAUCGGUCAUCGAGCUAUGAACUCGUUAUUUGUCUCUCUGCGCGAGAGCGUCUCGCCCGCUGGACGUAAGAGAGUCGGCAGAGAGAAAGGACGCGGAGACCGGGCGGCUGUUCCUGCUGCGGUCCUCUUCUCUUUUCCUCCGUCCUGAACUCACUCGCUCGUUUUAACACCAACCGACUUCACCAGCGGAGUUUCAGGCGACGCGAUCAGCCGGCUCGGGGCGGAGCCGGGCAGCGGCAGCAGCUUAGUCUCGUCGCAAAUCUUUGGUCUUGACUGCGAUGGUCUCGUACUAGAACCCCCCCCCCCCCCCCCUCUUCGCUCAUCUCUUCCUCCCCCUUUUUUUGUUACCUUCCUCCUUUCUCGUCCUGUCGGUGCAGCUAAACGUUGACCGCCGCUGCAGCUUUUGCAACACGAUACCCUCACCUUUUUAUUUAUAUAUAUAUUUUUUAUAGGUAAUUUAAUAUGAAGAGACUUGACCUGACCGUAGCAACCAGCAGGACGUACAUUCCAUGUCAGUUUCCAAGCUGUGUGAUCACGCUUUUUAGAUUUUUUUUUUUGGGACUUGAGAAUCAUGCAUGCGUGUACCCUUAAAAUGUUGAACAAAAAAAUAAUAAUAAUCUGUCUUUUUUUUCGGGUAAAUAUUUCUUUUUAUCCCCAUAUCAGCCGGAUGCCGACGACAGUUUUGUAUUGCACACAUGUGCAUAUUUUGUGACUGUUUUUAAAGCUGUAGUACCGUUUGUGUUCCAGGGACAGGCUACUGGAUCGUAGCGGGGACGGAUACAAGUGUGUUUCCUCCCAGAAUGUCCUAAAGAUUUGAGAGAAGCAGGGAGAAAAAGACCUACCGAGCAAACAUCGGGUCGUUUCUCUUCACUUGUUCAAAUGACUAUCGUCGUCAUGUGUUGACAAUAUUUAUAGAACAUCAAUUUUUUGGGGGGGGGGGGUAAUAUUUGGUGUCCUGCGGCAGAACGGGGGGGUACACCUCGGCCCCGAAUGUUCAUGUCAGGAAAACCUGGCCCCAAGUGAAUGAAGUAAUAAUCUAAUACCAGAUGACGGCUGAUUGCCUGCACCAUCUCAGAUUUAAAUCGUGGAGAGAUUAAUCCUCAACCGGGAGAAUCCUGUUCAGAACAUAGAGUGCCCAAACUAGCAAUAACUCUGACUCUGUGCCUUCAACAAGAUGUUCCUCCCUUUUGUUUAAAUUUGCAUUCUCAUCUUUAUCAUGUGGACACAAUUCUGUACAGAUGAGGGGGUUUUUUCCUCCCUUUUUUUGUAUGAAUCCCAAAUGACGACAGAAGUAAUCUGCGUCUCAGAUUUCAGCGCCAACUGCCACGAUCUGAUUGAUAGAACAAAUUGCACUCUUGGUUUUGUCGAGUCAGGUUUUCGUGGGUUUGGGUUUCUUUCUACGCUGCCCGUCUAAUGCAGCAUUAAGCAAACAGAUUCCCCGUGAAGCCAAUGUCCAUCACAUGAAGCUCAGGAAGGUCUGGAGCCAAUCAGAGGACAGAGUUUAGUUAAAUGGAGUGAAGACACAGUUUCAUUAUCAUCAUGUAAACUGAGAUUGAAAAAGAGUUUUGUUUUCCUGAUUCUUUUUCUCGGCAUCUCUCUGAACUCGACGGUGUGGAGGUCUGACUGACGGAUGCAGGCUGCACCUCGUGCCACGGUCACUCCCGGCCCUCUCGGAAAGUCGAACGACUCGACUUAAAACUGUUACUUUGACUGACCCCCCCCCCCCCACACACACACACACACACAAACCUUUUAUCGCUGUCUCACUUCACUCUGUUUGUUUUUUUGAGACCUUCAUUAGAAAUUGUGUCCCACUUUUGAAGGACGCAACAAAGCUCAUUUACAGUGAGGUAUGAUUUUUUUUAAAUGGUGUAAAUAUAAUUGUAAUUCCGGAUGUGUGUAUCACUGUGGCGUCUUAUGAUGAUUUAGAAUGGGAAGUAUCCCACGUUGUGUAUUUUAUGACCACUGACUGUCAAACAACACUGUAAAAGCCUGACUAAUAAUCAAGCUGUUAAAGGGGCCGUUUACAAGCCGAGAUAUCACACUGGAUUUACUAUUUUCUAUGAAUUGAGGUUAUCUGUAAAUGCCGCGAUGCACUUGUGCUGUAUGUAUAUUCCCCGAGAAAUCAUGUAUUUCUGUUUGAAGCUGAAGUCUCCAGUUUGUCGUCGUUGGCUCGCAGCUAACGGAAAGGCUUUUGUGUAUGAAGGUAAACGAUGACUUGACAACGACAUUCCCCUACGCGUGACCAACUGCAGCAGGAACAUUGGUGAGACCGGUUAUCAACAAGGUGCAUUCAGGCUUCGGACCAAAUUCAACUGCACCAUCACUACGGCCUCCAUGUCCUCAGGACCAGAACCACUAAAUGAAGCAGCUGCUAUGAGGCGCGCUCACAAAGAGGGCUCGUCCCUACGAACCCUUCUCCAACCCGGCGCCGUCUGGUCAGCCCCUUCCUGUAAAGCCCCGGAGGUCUCGGUCACACAGGUAUAGAUUUGAGUACAUCUGUUUCAGUGGACGUUUUGGUUAUCAUUACAGUAUUGGUUAUUUCACGCCUAAUUGAUCAAGAGUAUCAACAUUUUGAAUAAAGUCUAAAUCAUGACUAAA